GACAGUAAAAAAAACUGAGGCUCUAUUUCAGGUGGGCAGUGUAAUUUUACCGUUCAGUACGAUAAACGAAGUGCUCGAUGGGUACUGGGUAUUUGGUGAACUGUGGUGUACCAUAUGGCUUACGAUGGAUAUUUGGAUGUGUACGGCAUCAAUUUACAAUUUGGUUGCAAUAAGCAUUGAUCGCUUUAUUGCAAUCAUUAAGCCCCUGCACUAUCCGACACUGGUAACCAGAAGCCGAGCGCAUACAACAGUUGCUGCUGUUUGGAUCAGUUCUUUUGUUGUGUGCAGUCCCAGUUUUCUGGUUGCAAGUACGCAUAAACCGGAAACAGAUUAUUGCCGUUGUACACCAGCACAUGCUAGUACUGCAUAUAUUAUUUUUAGGUAA